AUUGUUAUGAAUUUUCAACGACUGUUUCAAGAUUUUAAUUCAAGCAAAUUUAUCGUAUAUUUAUGUUUAUUGAUAUUUUCAAUACUAUUUGCCUUACGUCUGGACAACACAAUAACCAUCUCUUUUUGGAUUGUCUUCACUCCCCUCUGGUUCUGGAAAUGUCUUGUUAUAACGGGAGCCAUCAUUGGGACAGUUGUGUGGAUUCGUAAUCCGGAGUAUCGAUUGUCUGACAGUUCAUACAUCCACUUCAAGUCAAUGCUGAUCAGUCUUUCGCUUCAAUUAUUGUUAUUAAUGUUUGAGUUAUUAGUUUGUGAUAAACUGGAGUCCGGAAGACAUUACUGGAUAUUAGCCUUUAUUCCUCUGGUCUUCAUAUCAUUGUUAUCGAUAGCGGUGUGCAUUUGGUCGCUCAAGAAUGACAGGGCCUUUGAGAUGGAACUCUUUUGUUCAGUAAAUAUAUUGCAGUUUAUAUUUAUCGCAUUACGUAUGGAUCGGUUUAUCACCUGGUCUUGGGUUUUGGUUUUGGUGCCUCUUUGGAUACUUCUAUGCCUCGCUAUUAUUGGUGUCCUCUACGCACUCAUCUUCGCAGCCAUACUUCUGCGGACACCUGAAAUAGCUGCCGAACAGCGCCGAGCGAGUCUUCAUUCAGCCAUUUCUUAUUCACUCAUUGUGUUACCACUUCUGGUCUUUUUAGUACUUUUAUCCAAUAAACUGGAUUCACUUCAAAACUCCAGUUCACCACAAAUGAACUAUUUUUCCACUUGUAUUCCCCUAUAUUUCACUUUUGCUAUAUUAUUAUGUCUAUCAUUUGGCAAUAAAGGGGGAAAUUUAUGGUGGUUCGGAAUGCGUAAAGAUUUUUGUUCAUUCCUGCUGUCCAUCUGUCCGUGUCUUAGAGUUUAUGGCAAUAUAUCUUAUAAUUUACAUUUCAAUACAAACAUCGCAUCGACCGCUCAUCAAAAUGACGGCUCAAAUGAUAUGACAAACAUCACAACCCAGACAUCCAAGAGUGUCAUCACUCGACAGCCAAAAAAGUUUAUUAUACCUCAUGUGAGCAUUGAGUCUCCCGAUUGAUUGAUUUAACGCAACAACAACUGUCCCAUUAUUUUGAU